GUCAUUGCCAACAGCUGCCCACACUUUGCACACACAGUCGAGAUACUGGGACUUCAUUCGCGGAGAGCUGACUUUAUUUGGAGAUGGCGUCACAAGAUUCAUUUGAACAGCAGCAGCCCAUCUCAAGGCUGGCUCUGAUGCGGAUGCGCUUCCAGCAGAAAACGCACGAGGAGAAGGAGCUGCGGCGUCAAGAACUUAGCCUCCCAGCUGCUCCCACUGCUGCUGCAGCUGCUGCUCCAAGAGGCGUUUCUUCUCGGCUGGUGGGCAAUGGCAAAGUGCGCCAAAUGUUCGACGAGCGGCGUCGUGGCGCAGGCAUCGAUCGCAGCAAUCCUCUGCGGCCAAUAGGCGACACACGAUCGCAGCCGCAACAACAACAACAACAACAGCAGCAACAGCAACAGCAACUCAUCAAGGGCAUUUCCACGAUGAGUCUGAAGGAGAAAGCAGUCCACCCAACCACCCAACGACAUGGGACAGUGACUAGUGACAGCAACAACAAUAACAGCAAAUACAAUGCGUCGGGCACGGUGAUUAAUGGGAAUCGCCUCAAGCCUGUGGUUACCCACAAGACGCCGCCCAACAGGGACAACAGGGAGCACCUGCGGUCCAAUGCGACGCCACCUAGCAGCGGUGGAUCUAGGACAACAAUCAGGGUGACAACCAAGACGACACCAACGCCAACAAAAACGACGACGUUGACGGCAACUCGGCAAGCUGCCGGACGUGUUGAUGCUCAGGAGAAAGGGCGCCCGACGUCGCCAAAGGCGCGCCAGGUCAACCCCAAAUCUCCAGUUACCAAAAUUCAAAUGAAUCAGCCGCCACCGGAGGGCACCUCGAGUUGCCGUUAUUGCGGCCGGCACUUCAACACCGAUCGCCUGGGCAAGCACGAGGAGGUCUGUCAGCGCACCAUGAACACCAAGCGCAAGAUAUUCGAUGCCUCCAAGCAGCGUGUCAAGGGCACCGACAACGAAAAGUACUCGAAGCAGCAGCAGCGUCAGCGACAGCAGCCGUCGCUGCCUCGUUCCCAGUCCACGUACAGCAGUGCAGCACAGCAGCAGGGACUCAGGACGGGCGUCAAGAAGAGCAACUGGCGCAAGCAGCACGAGGAGUUCAUCCAGGCGAUUCGUGCCGCAAAGCAGGUGCAGGCGCACUUGGCUCGUGGCGGCAAGUUGAGUGAUCUGCCACCUCCGCCGCCGUCGGAGAAUCCUGAUUACAUACAGUGUCCGCACUGUAGCAGGCGAUUCAAUCAGCAGGCUGCCGAGAGGCAUAUUCCACGCUGUGCCACCAUGAUCCACAACAAGCCGCGUCGCAGCAAUCCUCAAGCGGUACCGAAGAAGCGCUAAUUGUGCCUCCCCAAUUUAUUACAUGUGAUAAAACGGAUUUUAUUUGAUGAAAAUAUAUAUAUAUAUAACACAA